UGUAAUCAUAUAUAAUCAUUUGUAAUUGUAUGUAUGGAUUUGACAGAUUUUUUAAGAAGUGUCCUAUUUGUGACAGAUUUUUCCAAAUUUUCCAAAUAUUAAAUUGUCACCAAGCUUGAUCCGCUAAAAAUAAAACUAGUAAUGCAGGGGUAUUUAACAAAUUAUGAUUAAUGCAUUAGUGAUUUUCAUUGUCAUAAAACUUUAACAAUAAAUUUUUAAACAUGUACGCACAUGUUCAGGUCUGUGAUAUAAACAAAUAUCAUAUUAGUAAAAUUGGUAAAAUUUGAGAUCUUUGGUAAUUUUUGGCAUGCGCAAUGGAUGGAACAAAGAAAAUGAGAAUUGCUUAUGUAUUUGAUAGGAAUGAUUAGCCUUGCAGCACGGAAACAAGUUAAAGAUCUGAUGGCUUGGUUUAUACUUUUGCUUGUAACUCUCUUUCCAUUAUCUGUGUUUAUGUCGGAUGUGGAUCAUCAAAAUCCUGUUUUUGUGUCGAAUAAUGAAGAAAUUGAUUCUGCAUACUCAACAAGUGACUAUUUUUCACUACCUUCAAGUGAAAAACUUUCCAACGACAUUGAUUUAGUUGAAAUUAAAACAAGUCCAUUGAUUAUAUUCGACAAAAAUGUAGAAUUUUCUGUCACAUACACAUCUGUCAUGUCUCGUCAACUCAAAAUUACAUGCUCGUACAAAGAUGCAUUUGAUCAUAUUCAAACUUUUUCUGAAAGUACAUUGCUAACCGAGCACAAAAACACGAUUAUACAUCAAAUAGAAUUACCAGAAGACAUUGUUUAUUAUGAUUAUCAAAACAUAGAAAGACCGACCAAUUUUUUUGUAAAAAAUAUCGAAAUAUCAGUUUUGGCUGUAGCUAAUUAUAACAACGAUCCAUAUGUUGUAGCAACAGAUAGUCUUGAAGUAUCCCUGCCUUCACCAUGGCUUCGUAAAGAUCGCCCUACAUAUUGUCAAAGCUGGUUGUUACACAUACAGAAAAAAUUAAAAUGGAAAUAUAUUCCUAAAUGUUCAUUAUUAGCAGAUACAUCAGUGUUUUCAUCCAUCUUGCCUUUUCCUGGUAAUGAAGGUGGCUAUGUCAGGAAAAUGGAAGAGUUCAAUUGGCCAGGGCAUAUCUUGCCACACAUAAAGGAAAGAUUUUUAAAUCCUUCAGCAAGAUUUACGCUGUCUUUUUGGGCAUUCUUUUUAAAGGAUUGCACAGCUGGUUUGUGUAUGAUUGUUCAGCAUCGUAACUCGACUCAUUUCUUUUCACCUUUGAUACUUCUUAACAAUGAAAGAAAGAUUCAUGUACAGUUUCAGACUGUUGAUGGAAAGGGACAUGCUUUCACAUCCAUUGAUUUGUUUCCGUUAAAGACAUGGAUUCACAUGGUUUUAACUGUGGACAUAAAUAUAGCAGAUUUAUAUAUCAUGUAUGGCACGACACUCAAGCAUUACCAUCAUGUUUCUCACGUUAGUUUCAAUGUCAAUGUUACAGAUGGUAUAUGGGCUACUGGUGGAUACUCCGGCUCAAAUGGGUUUACUGGUUAUCUCAGUGAUCUGAAAUUUUAUCGCAAUCAAGUUUUGCCACUUCAUCACAUUCAAAAAUACAUGAAUAUGGAGCUUAAUAAACUGGGUUAUUACAACUUGGAAAAAACUUUCCAUACCUGUUCACUGUGGCGAGCAGUCUCGUCCCAGUAUAUACUUCGAAUUCCUCAUUGGAACUCACAUUGCAAACUGCAAGGAUAUUGGACUGCUACCACUAAAAGAAAAGAAACCUGCCCUAUAAUCAAGGAAAGUUUGAGAAAAAACGUGCAGCCUAAAAUGAUUUCUUACUUGAAAUCAGUUUAUAACUCAAACAGGAAAAAUGCAACGUCCCUGAAGUUGUUUGCAAAAAUGGUUUAUGAUGCUGGAAUAAAGGAAAUUAUGAAAGCCUCGUUGUCAAAGUCUAUGGCUUUACGAUUACUAGAGUUAUCUGGCUGUCUAGGAUAUGUCAAUGGUUAUUUUCUGUCAGCUACAAUGAAUGCGUAUGGAUUAGGAAUAAAAAGGGAUGCAAGAAAAGCUGUAUAUUACCAUUUAUUAUCCAGUCAGAAAAACAAUGCAUUAUCACAGCUUGCGCUUGCAUACAGAUACCAGCUUGGUGUAGACGAUACACCGAAAGAUGUCGAUGUUAUGACUGGUUAUUUGCGACAGGCAGCAGUUACUUCCAAGAAAGCAUUUGAGCAAGAAAACCAUAAAGUUCAUACUCAAUCCGAGAUGAUUAGGUUGGAUCAAGCUCAUUUGUUUCGGGAUGUGAGAGGAUCGGAUUCUGAUUUAUUCAAAUGGUUAUCACAACAAGCAAAGAUGGGUUCUUCUGAUGCAAGGACGAAGAUAGCGGAAAUGUUUUUCUAUGGUAAACAAGGCGUAGAUGCGAAUCGAGCACUAGCGGUGGAGAUGUAUGAACAAGGUGCUGUGUUAGGAGAUGCGAAUGCUAUUUAUAACCUGGGUGUCAUUAAUCUCAAGGGUUUGGACGUCGAAAAGAACGUUACAAAAGCGUUCGAAUAUUUUCACAGAGCAGCCGAAAUGAAUUCAUCAGCAGCUUUCAACAGCUUAGGUUAUUUCGAAAUGUUGUAUAACAAAAAUCGAAGCGGAGCAGCAUAUUUUUGGAAGAAGUCGGCUGAUUUGGGGAGUUUAGAAGGAAUGAAUAAUUAUGCUUUCUUACUUGAAGGUGGAUUACGAACAGGUGAUCCACCAGAUAAGCUUGGUGCUUUCGAAAUGUUUAAGAAAGCAGCAUUGAAAGGUCAAACAAAUGCUUGUAUAAGAGUGGCUGAUUAUUUAAUGGAUGGAAGCGUGGUCCCUAGAGAUGUCGGCUUAGCUUCACAAUAUUAUCGCUUUGUUGCUGAGCAGUUGAGCGAUGUUGGUUUGUUCAUGAGAAAAGCAAUUGAUUCUUACAACAAUGGAAACUGGUAUAAAUCGUUGGUCAAUCACGUGCAAGCAGCAGAAGCUGGUAUUCAACUAGCUGGAUAUAAUACUGCUCUUCUUUUAAGAGAAUAUCAGAGUGAAGCAUCUAUGGCCAUCAACAGAAGCGACUCUUUUUAUUUUUACAAUAUGACAGCUGAACUUGGUUGGAGUUUGUCAUUAGUCGAACUGGGACAUCACAAUUGGUUGAAAGAAAACAAAAGAAAAGCAAGUCAUUAUUAUGCAAGAUCAGUUGAGAAAGAUAGCAACCCUGAGGCCCUAUUUAAUCUUGGAUACAUAGUUGAACAUGGGCACCCUCUUGACGAGAAAGUCAAAUUUCAAGAUACCUCAUUCACGACACAAGUGGCGGGAAAUUCUUCUAUUGCAACCAUGCUGUACGAAAGUUGCAUCAAGACGAAAACAGAGGGCGGAGAGGGAUAUUAUCCAUGUCAACUUGCUUUGUUAAAACUCAAAAUUAAAAUGUUUAUACAGAUCAAUCAAACGGUUGUUUACUGCUCGAGUGCUGCCAUGUUAGUUGCAUUUGCUUCCAUAGUAACAAUGUUAAAGUUGGCAACAGAACAAUAUUUUUAAAUUUUUUUUUUCAUGAAUUUGCUACAUUUUUAUUACAUACUUUAAAACUG